ACCGUCUCCUCUGUGAACCGGAACAGUAUGGGUUCACCUUGGUUGCAGAGAGCUGUGGGGAAGGCACACAUUUUAUUUUAGCUUGAAAUUUGACUUUCAAAUGAAAGAUACAUGUCCCAGUAGCACUGCAGCGCGUCGAACUGUUCUACAAACAGAGACGAAACAUGAAACAGGACGUGAGGAUACUGCUGCUGGGGGAGCGUGAGUUAUCUGCACUGACAGCUAAACACGACUAGCAAACAUUAGCCGUUAGGGCUAACUCAGCUAGCUGCUAACUUGUUGUGGAAUUUACUUGUGUUACUCCUGGUGGCACGGUGCCGGAAAUGUAUAUAUAACGAACUUAUUGUGCCUUGUAUGAGAAAAUCAAUCUUUUUUUCCGGGGUAAGAGAAGAUUUUCGCUAUGCUACCCCGGCUUUUAAAAAAGUAUCGUUUGAAUUGUUAGUGGUUAUAAUUUAGCAUUUGGCCGUAAAAAAGUUGUCAGUACUUUUGAGUUUGCUUAAGUCCAUUAAGAACAUUUGUUUUUAGUCGCUCACUUUCAUUGUAUUUGCAUGAUUUUAAAACUAUUAUUUAGUUGAGGAGAGCUUAGGUUCUCGUCGCCAAGUGUUAUUUGAUCAUUAGCUUUAUUCAUCAACAUCUCGAUGUUUCCGCCCUCUUACAGCCAAGGUGGGGAAGACCUCUCUCAUCAUGUCUUUGGUCGGAGAGGAGUUUCCGGAGGAGGUAAGUGUCAGUACAAUUCUCAAACACACUGUGGUUUUACAUCAACACUCAGUUUCACUGUAAGCUGGAUCCUUACAAACUCUUAAUUCCUGGCUUCAGCUUUUUCUUUAAUCUUGAGUGUUUGGUAAAAAAUAAAGAAGUCGGUUGUACGGCUCUUUAUUUUGAGCUUACUGUGAACUUGAGGUAAAGAAAAUAGUUAUGUUAACUAUCUAAUAACCCUCAAGUUGCAAGAAAUAUUAAUUAUUGUGCACUUCCUGACUUUUCAUUCAUCUUCAUGCCCCUCUCCCUGCUCAGCUGGUGUCUGGAUGUAAAGAGACAUCCCUUUUUACAAGACAAAUACUGACCCCAUUAUUACACCCAGAGUACUGUUUCACAUUAAUUAAAAGGAGGCAUAAAUCAUGAAGGUACAUAAUUUGAAUUGAACUCUUGCUGGUCUCACAAUCAGUGAGUUAUGGUGUGUCUAGCUUCACCUUUCAGGGUCAUAUUGGUACACUUGGUACCCCAACAAAAGGGUGCCAGUAUGGAUCAGUUAUUAUGGCAGCUUUCCCAACUUUCACAAUAGAAAUGCAAAUAAUGGCGUAUGGUACUCUACCAUAAUGUCCCUAGCUGCAUGAUGAAAAUGCAGCUGUGCUGAACAGGUUUAUCCUUGUGCUCUCAUGAAAAUUUUUGCUGGUGCUGUUCCUGAGAGCCAGCCAAUAAAAUUUCCAUUUUGCUUCAGUGGCUCACUUUGCAUUAUGACAACUCUUUCCACUCUCACUGCGAACUUGGCUUCUAUACAGGAUUAUAUCACUCUUCAGUUUAAUGUGAAACACUGGAAGUAGAAUUCAUGAAAUAACAUUUUCUUCAAAAUGACUGUGGAGCAAAAUUUGUUUUAUGCUUUUAUUGCAAUGUUUUUGUCACGGACUACAAGAAACACACAAAAAAGUUGAAAAUUAGGCAUUUAAUAAAAAACAUAUCACAUAUUUUUGCUAAUUUAUACAUAACAGAGAAGACUGAAUUCAUAUUACUCUAUACCAGUGGUUCUCAAGUCCUGUCCUUCGAGGCCCACUGUCCUGCAUGUUUUGGAUGUUUCCCUGCUCCAACACACCUGAUUCAAAUGAUCAGCUCGUUAUCAAGUUCUGGAAUGGCUUAAUAACGAGCUGAUCAUUUGAAUCAGGUGUGUUGGAGCAGGGAAACAUCCAAAACAUGCAGGACAGUGGGCCUUGAGGACUGAACUUGAGAACCACGGCUCUAUACCAAAAUGUGUGAUAUAUCUUUUUAAACUUCUAUUAAUGCAGCUUGCAACUUUAAUUACUCUGUAGGAGCAUGUGUUUGAGUUUCCCUUUUGUUUCUUCUUUUUUUGAAUCUAAGUUUUUAGAGUUUGCUCAUUUACAAACUGAAUAAAUGAGGUAUACUUAGAGCCAACAUCUAUAGACUUCUGUAACACAAUUGUGCGCAUGUUUAUUGCAUUUUUCCUUUAAAUCUGACCUUCACAUUAUCAUUGUUAUGUUAUGGAACUUUUUUUGUCCUGAAUCAGUUAUGGUAUGAUUUGUUUAAUGUUUGUGAUCUUCAAUCUCUUACAGGUUCCCCCUAGGGCUGAGGAGAUCACCAUCCCUGCUGAUGUGACUCCAGAGAAGGUGCCCACACACAUAGUAGACUACACAGGUAACACAAGCUGAAAUUUAUCAUCUAUAGUUUUGGUUAUCCCUUAAGUUCUUUUGCAUUAAGACACCAGCUGUGAAUCGAUUGAGCGAGUGACUCGAACCAUUGUUCAUCCUUAACAGAAAAGGAGCAAAGUGAUGAAGUUCUUCGAGAUGAAAUCAUCAAGGUAAUUAAUAAACCUCAGAAAACUCCUUUUUAGACAGUCUAAUAUUUAUUGCCACGCCUGGUUAGAAAUGUGUAUUCAAGCCAUGUAAACGAGUGUAACGUUUCUUUGGUUUGCCGUAAUUUUGUAUACGUGUGAGUUCAUACAGCUGGCGAGCCUAACAACACAAACCUCAUCAUUCACUGUUUUCCUCUAGUUCCACCCAUUUUUCUCAAUGUCUUUGCACUUCGAUACUUCAACAUUAGAUUGGUCAGCCUCAGAUAUUCUUUCACUCCUUUUUUAUGUUGGUUUCCAUCACAGACUGACAUAUUUUUCUUCAAUUUUGUCCUCUGUAUAAUAUUCUGUAUUUCCUCAUACCCACACAGGCUAAUGUGGUGUGUGUGGUGUAUGACGUCACCAAUGAGGACACGAUAGACAAGGUAGUAUUUUGAGACGCAGUUUGUACUCUACAAGUAUUCAGUGUCCUUUGGAGAACAUUCACUUGCAUAAUGAAAAAAUUUGUAUACUAUUUCUGUAAUUUAUACUCCCUCUUUUUUCAGAUAAAAACCAAAUGGAUACCUUUAGUGAACGGAGAUGCAGAGAAAGGCAACAAGUAGGUAUCAGCUGUGUUACCUGUGCACAUUUGUAGCACUGGACUUUGCUCUCCUUCCUGCUGUUUACAUUAUGUAAUAUUGGCUAACUUGAAGUCUAGGAAUUAAAGGCUUUUUUCACUAAUCUGCUGUUAAAAAAGACAUCAGAAUGUCUACAUAACUCCCAGUGUAUAUCUUAAUUUCAGCUACAUUGAGACUUUUGCUCCUAUCUUACCUUUACCGUGUUAUUUUCAUGCAAAACACAUUAUGGUCGUUCAAUUUCCUUGCUCUUAAUUGUAACAACAGAGUUCCCAUCAUCCUUGUUGGAAACAAGUCUGAUCUGCGCUGUGGGAGCUCAAUGGAAACUAUCCUUCCUAUCAUGAACCAGUUCUCUGAGAUUGAGACGUGUGUAGAGGUAAGCAGACCUUUUGCCACUCUUGUCUGUCUCUUUAAACCACUGCAGUCUUUGAAAUGAAUGUUUAUCUUGCUAUGUAGAUACAAGAUGUGAUGAUUUUGAAAACAUGGAGACCCCAAGCUCAAUUAAAAAGAGCACAAAAACUAAAUACUCUAUGUUCAAAUGACAGAUCUAACUCUUUUUGGGAGAUGAUGAGCUCAACAUGUUUCCAAAAAAUGGCUACAAAGUGUGAAAUCUUGAAAGCAACAUUUGAUCAGGAUCACACAUUAAAUUCAGUUUACUGACAAUAGGUUGGGAGCACGAUAAAAGGGUCAUUUACAGAGGCUGAAAUAGGGAUGGGAGGCAAUCCACCCAUCAUUGAAGGCUGUGCAGGCAAAAAAUGCAAAGGUUUAAGAAUAUCUUUCAAUGUAAAAUUGCAAGAAGUCUUUGGAAAUCUCAACAUGACAGGGACAAGGAUGAAAACAAUUAUUGAGAGGCCUACUCUUCAGGCCAUUGGGCAGUCCUGCAUUAAAAGGAGACAUGACUUAAUCGUGAUCAUAGCUGCAUGGGUUCAGGGACAAAAAAAACUUUAUUUAAGAUGAACUGAAGUGAAGUGGAGUUGUCCUGUAGCAUCAGGAGACUAAAAUAUGAGGUCUUUGGAAAUCAUUGAUAUUGUGUCUUGAGCCUUAGAGGGGAAGAGAAAGAGGACCACCUUGAUUCUUAUCGGUUUUUAAGUCGGCAUCCAAGACUUUAUUGGAAGGCAUUAUAGCAUAUGGCAUAGUUCACAAUGGUGAUAGUGUACCAGGGAGGGCACUGCUCAUUUCAGCAAAAAAAUACUAGAUCUGCCUUAAACAUGUGUUGCAAAAAAAUGAGGUGAAGAAGAAGCACAGAGAUAAAUGAUACCCUCUCCUAACUUUUUUUUUUACGUGUUGCUGGCAGUAACUUGUAGUUUAAUUAGGGCUUAAUUUUCCAAAAUUCUGCAGCUUCGACAUUUGAUGUGUCAGCUUUGUGUGACUAUCAGUUAAGUAUGGGGUUUUAAUGUUUGGUAAUUAUCACAUUAGUUUUUCCAUUUACAUUUUACACAGUAUCCUAACUUCACUGGAAAUCAGUGUGUAUCAUUGCUAAAGUGACAGUAUCUAAAAUACUCUUUCUGCUCUUUCUCUUCUUUAGUGUUCUGCAAAGAACCUAAAAAACAUCUCCGAGCUCUUUUACUAUGCACAGAAGGCAGUUCUUCACCCCACUGCCCCUCUUUACGACCCUGAGGACAAACAGGUCAGCCACUUUUGGGAAUCAGCUGCACACUGAGGAGCCAGCCUGGCUCCCUCUCCUGUUGCAUCUAUUUAUAUGAAUGAUAAGUUGAGUAAUUUCUUUGUUCCUUUAAUACUUCCCCACUAGCUAAAACCGCUGUGUGUCCGAGCCCUCAGCAGAAUAUUCUACAUAUCCGACCAGGACAAUGAUCGUAUCCUCAGUGAUGCUGAACUCAACAGCUUUCAGGUACCAGUUGGUUACAUUUUAGAUGAAGAUUUCAAUUGUCACAUCAACCUCAAUAUUUGUUUGUCAUAUCUUCUAUGUGUAGAAAUCUUGCUUUGGGAAUCCUCUGGCACCUCAAGCCUUAGAUGAUGUGAAGACAGUAGUCUGGAAGAACACCAGCGAUGGAGUGCAAGACAACGGGCUUACCCUAAAUGGUAAAAAUCAGCCCUGAAUGACAUGCAACCUUACACUGUGUUGUUGCUGUAAGCUGACUCUCAACUAAUGGCCGUGUGCUCUUCCCUCUUUUGCAGGUUUCUUGUUCCUUAAUACAUUAUUUAUCCAGAGAGGGCGACAUGAAACAACGUGGACAAUCCUCAGGAAGUUUGGUUAUGAUGACAACCUGGAGCUAACAGAUGAUUACCUUUACCCUGAGUAUGUCAUGUGACACAGCGACUCAACUGUAUCAGUUUUACACGGAUAGUAUUGCAACAGGUUGUUUUGCUAGAGCAUAAGAAAAGAUUCCACUCACCAUACUGUACAUGGUCCUCUACUUUUAGACAAUUAUCUGUGUUUCCAUUUGGCUUUCCCCUUUAUGUGCAGACAGUUAUUACUGGAGAAUCUUGGGUAAUGUAAAGCAACAGCCAUGUCCCUAAAUGACAAACUUAAAAACUACUCAGAUUACCUUCUGUAUGCCAUGUGGGGCCUUAAUUACUUUGUUUGUUUUUGAUACCUAUGUGCUUUUUCUUAACUUUUUUUUUCCUUAAUGUUUUUGUUUCUUGGGAAGUUAUUUUCUGUCAUGUUUGCCUCAAUUAUUUAAGACAAAGGCAGACAGGAAAAUAGGGUAAAAAUGGGGUUAUGUGAAGCAGAGGGUCAUAGCCGGGAGUUGAGUCAGGGACAGCUGUGACAAGGACUGCAGCCUCAGGACGUGGGGCGCACUGUUAAACUACUGUGCCAGCUGGUACCCCAUAAAUGAAGGCUUUGAAAGUACAGGAAGCUCGUGGUGCUUUAUAGAUUGACAGAAAAAGAAAGCUGGAUUUUAUUUUGUGUGAAAUCUGAAAUUGAUUAGAUUAUGAAUAAUGGUGUGUAACCUUCUUCUGUUAAUAAUUAUAACCUGUCGUCAGUAUUAAGAUAAAUUUGGAACCAAUGGUUACUCUAAGCCUUAACAUCAUGUCUAGGAAGCAAUAUCUUUAGAUAUGACAUAUGACAGACUUGGUUAAUCCUAUUAAACAGUGUUGCAUGAAAAGCAUAUCAAGGGCCUCCUCAUUGAAUAUCAGUCCCAUUCUAAUAGGACUUUUGUUGUACCCAGUUGUUUAAAACAUCUUAAUUUUUGUGUUCCUCUCAGAUUGCGAGUCCCUGUCGAUUGCACCACAGAGCUCAAUCAGUUUGGUCACCAGUUCCUCCAGCGGCUGUUUGACAAGUAUGACGAAGUGAGUAAACAACUUGAGCAUUUAUGUAAGGAGGAAGAAUAUCGAUUUCUGUACACAGUGGAAUAUGUGGAAUUGGUGGAUUUCUAUCUGUUUAAAAAGUGACCUGGUUUCCUUCCUAGGACAAAGACUCAGCCCUGUCACAGGCAGAGCUAAAGAACCUGUUCUGCGUGUGCCCUUACAUGCCAUGGGGCGCAGAGGUCUACAUGACUGUCCCAACCACAGAUGAGGGCUACAUCUCUAACCAUGGCUACCUUUGUCAGUGGACGUAAGUGCUUUUGUCUAAUCAUUGAUGGUUUUACAGUUUUGUAAAGACACACCAGCUUUGCACUUUUUCCUCAUAACUUCUGUUCUGCACCGCUCCAAGAUCACGUUUGUCAAUCCCUUCACAUGCAGGCUGUCUGCAUACCUUGACAUCCACCGUUGCCUGGAGCAUCUAGGAUACUUAGGCUACCCAAUACUCACUGAGCAGGAGUCACAGACUGCCGCCAUCACAGGUGUGUGUGUGUGUGUGUGUGUGUGUGUGUGUGUGCAAUUACCAUUUGAGUAGCUGGAUAUUAAACAAACAGCAUGUGAAUUACAGAGGUCCACAACAUCUCCCCAUUCAAACAAACAAACAAACUGAAUUCCCAGUCUCAAUGUUGAUCAGUGUGGGCGGAUUACUGGACUUAAUCCUAUCCUAAUAGAUUUACAUACAUGUGGGUUCGUCCUUGAGAUGUAAGAUAGCAGUUUGUUCGAUUUGUGCUUUUGUUUACUGCAUGUACAAACACAAGCAUGGUCUAAAUAGUUCACUUUUCAUUAAAAGUUGAUUUUUUUUAAUACAGCAAAAACCAUUAAAAAAAUAAGAAAUCAUAAUUUUUUUUAUGAUUGAGCUGUUAUGUGAUUGAACUGAUUGUGACUGUGCUAAUGAACUGUCUGUGAACUUGUGGCAAACUGAGGACAAUCAGAGAGGGAAGCUUUGACAAGAUUGGAAAGAGUGAUGUAAUGUGUCUGGCUGCUGCUAAUCUCAUUUUCUGACUCUGUGCCAGAAGUGAGCGCUCUUUCUUUGUUGACUGUAGGUAUCUUAAGAUAGAAAGCAACUUCUUACUAGCUUUACUGUCAGGGAUUCAUGGUGCUGAAUGGACCUUUUUAUCACGUGCUAAGGUACAUUUAUUUUGAACCGUUAAAAAGUCUUCAACGGUAUGGCUAUAAAGAACAGAUCUUUAAGACUGGGUGAUUUCCUGAUUUAUCAUCAAGUGCAACACAACAGCUUUGGUUGAAGGUACAGUUUAGGCUGAACUUUUGAGGUAAGGCUGACUGGUCACAUGGGUGCCACACAAGUUAGCUGAGUCACAGGACUCCUAAAAUAGAGACUGAACAGGUGACAGACUCUGGUUAGUCCGUAAACACUGUGUUGUGGUAGAACUGUCAGACUAAGUGAAAGUGUUUCUCCCAUUACUAGUUAAAAUCCACGAUAAAUCAAGAAAGCUUUCCAUAAAAGUAACCCUAAUACAUGUGAGAGAGAAGCUGUUGUGUGGAGGCUGAUGUAGGGAAGCACCUUAUUAACUAACUGAAAUUGAAAGCCAAUUCAAAAAGUAACAGAUUAGUGUUGUUCUCUUUAUUUGAUCUUGGUUUUAUACCUAAAUGGCUCAACAUUGUUGCUCUCUUUUCUCCUGAGUAUAAACCUGCAUUUUUCUUACACAAACAGGAUGAGUACACCAUGUGCUUACACUUGUGUAACGUGCACUCGCAUCGUGUUAUAAACCAAGUAGUUAUUCCCUGUGGAAAUCCUAAAACUGCCAGUGGAGAUCACUUUACCUCGGCCUUCAGUCAGCCAAAAUAAAAUGUAUCUUGAUUUUAUUGUAGGAUUGAUUCAAUCCAGUUGUUUUGCCUCUUUGUGAAAAUUUUUUUUUUGCUUUCGACAACCUGUGUCUCAUUUUUGUUUUAUUCGAUAUUGAUCCUGUUAUUUUUUUGUACUUUUAUGUACAUCUUAAUUGAUCAGACCUGAGAUGUAGUAGCUCCAAACCUUUCAGCGUAAACAGGUUCGUCCAUGUGAUGUUUUCUAUCAUCUUUCUUUACUUUUGCCUCCAUGCUCUGUUUGCCAACACAAGCUGAGUGGAAAGAGGACAGAAGACGGCUCAUCAGUUACCCCUGUAGAGACGCUUACACAUUAGUUCCUUUUGAUAGGUGGAUUUUUCUUACCUGCAGCAGGAACGUCAUCCUGUGCUUUGGGAUUUCAAUGUUAUCAGCCUCCCACCUCAGAGUGUAGUAAAAGGAUUCGCUACUAUCUACUAUUCAUUAACUUGAUCAGUUUUUUUACUUCACCUCGCACAAAGCAAGAAAAUGGAAACAUGAAAUUAUUUAUCUACUUGUGUGUUGCCAGUUUGUGAUAUCAGGCAUAAUGGCAGUUAUUUGUGAUAAUUUACAUUGUGUGUUUCUACUUGUUUAUGUGUGCAGUAACACGAGAAAAAGAAGUGGACCUGGAAAAAUGUCAGACACAAAGGUCUGUGUUUCUCUGCAAGGUGAUUGGACCACGGGGGACGGGCAAGACCGUCUUCCUCCAGGCCUUUUUGGGCCGUAACGUUGUGGUAAGCCACCAUCUGCUCAUGUAGAGCUAAAUGCAUUGUUAUACAGCGAUGAGAUAGUAAUAAUCUGUAUCAUUAAUAAUUCUAAUUAGAGGAUAUUUUUCUUUUUUGCCGUCUGUAGAAUAAGGAAAACUCCGGUAGUGCCUUCUCUCCCUACGCCAUAAACACUGUCCAUGUCAGCAAACAGGAGAAGUACCUUAUCGUAAGUAGCUCCUCCUCUGAUCUUAAGAUUCACUCUUGACCCCGACUUAAUCCUGAUCCACACUCUUCUCUGUGCAGCUAAAUGAGGUGGAUGUGGAGGUGGAGUUUCUGAAGGCAUCUGACGCCUCCUGUGAUGUUGCUUGUCUCAUGUACGAUGCCAGUGACCCUCAUUCUUUUGACUAUUGUGCCAGCAUAUACAAGGUAAGACUCCGCAAAAUAACUGCAUGAACAUUCACACACUAUUGCAAAUAAUAUCAGGGACUUUUUCAGUUAGUGCUGUAAGAAAUACUCUGACAGUGAUUCUGCUGCUGUUUGUUAACAAAAGUAUUACAGCUUACUUUGGACACAUGUUGACAGAAAUGUGCCAGAGAAUAGAAAUGAGCAAAUGUUAUCACUUGUUAAGAGGUAGGGCUGCAGGAUAUAUCAUUUUGAACAUUUGUGCAACAAACACAUCAUGUUGUCCCUACUCCCUCGUUUUCCAGGUCAAAUCUACAACACACAUUUUUCUCAUUUUGUCACAUUACCCAAAGAAAUACACAAUAUAAACAUUUUCAUAGAUACACUGACUGUCAGAGAUAUACCAGCAAAUGCUCCAUCAGCGAGACAGAUCUGUAACUGUGCGUUUAUGCUCGUCCUGGGGCUUGUUAAUGUUAUGGGCAUAAAUAAGCGACCGGGACAAUAGAGUGUUUACCUGUUGUGUCAACAGCUGCAGCGCACAAACGGUAUAGUGUUGUGAAAAUUGCAUGCAAAUAAAGACAGCAAGUUUUUGUUUAAUUCUAAGUGAGUAGAACAGGGGCUGAUUGGGCUGAUUAAACUUGAGAAACAAAGUCAAAAAUAAUUGAUGAUGUGCAAGUAGGUCAAUUUUGUUUAUUAAUGAAGUUUAUGAAGUAAUGCACCGCUCCACCCGUACUCUCCCCCCACUUGUCUCUCUCAUGUGGGUAUUUGAGCUAUCAGAGAGCUGGACCCAGUGUGGUUAAAGAAGGAAAAAAAGAAGGAGGUUGAUUUGAUUGGAAAAAAGAAAAUAGUUUGGAAAAACCCAAUUGUUUAAAAUUUUGAUUUUUUUUAAGUACAUGAAAUAUAUUUAUGUAGAAUAAAUUCCUGGACUUUGUCAUAAAAAAGAGAGGGAAAUAAUAAUAUAAUGUCUUUUCCUCAUUGAAAAUCAGCCAUAAAUAGCUGUAUCAUCAUGAUAUUGACAUGCAUUUCCAAACUUUAUGAUCCAACUGUACACAGUUGGUAGCAGCAGGGGAACUUUGUCUCCUCUCUCUCUCUCUCUGCAGGCUGCACAUAGGCAGACAAUAGUCAAUUUCUCUGCUAAUGCGGAUUCACCGUCCUCCGCUCUGCAACUUUAUCACUCUUCAUCGUGUUGCAGUUUGAUUUCCAUCAGUGAUAGUUAGGCGACAAGGCUCAAAUGGAUUUUUGCACACAAUAUAACCAGUACUUAUAUAUAUAAAAUAUAAAGCAGUUCUUGUUUUCUACUUUGAUGAAAACCAGCCAUUUAUUGGCAUUUACCAAACAGAUGCUGUUAAAAAUGCAGAUAUAUUACACUUAAACAUAUCUCCCAGGUCAUGUAUUUGCAUGAUAACAAUUUUUCAAUGCGCUGCAUUAUUAAGGAUUUAAUCCAUCUGUUCAUCAGUGGUUUUCCUAAAUUGUGUGACUCCACUAAAAAAGAGGGAACACCGUAAACACUGUAACAACUUGGUUCUUUUCUCUUUACUCUGCUCACAUAGUUUUCACUCAUUUACUCAUCUCUCACUCAGCAACACUACAUGGAGAGCAACAUCCCAUGUGUGCUGGUUGCCUCUAAGAUGGACCUUCCUGAAGCCAAACAGUUCCAUGGGAUGACUCCAGCAGAGUUCUGUUAUAAACACCGACUGCCUCCACCUAUGCCCUUCUCCAGCCUGUAUCUGGACUCCACCAGCAGGAACAUCUACAGCAAGCUUGCCUGGGCAGCCAUGUACCCGUAUGUUUACACCAACCAAACUGCUGCCUGACACCUGAUAGCUUGUAGAAAAAAAGGGAACACAUGUUUUGAACAUUUGAGAAUCUAAUGGUGAGGUUGGUUGUUUAAUAGACUCCUGUGUUUUUUCUCUGCAGACACCUGAAUGGUUCCGACAUGAGCAGCACAUCCUUCUGGCUAAGAGUAGCAUUGGGCUCAGCUGUGGUUGCAGUUCUAGGCUUUGCUAUCUACAGAGCUGUCGUCAGAAUGAAAUGAUCAACAACAACAUCAACCGUUUUUUGUUUUUUUUUCAGCCUGACUCUUCAUCUGUCAAUCCAUCCAUCAAGACCAAACUUCCAAGACCACAUCCAGAUCCACCGCAGUCUGAACUAAACCUAGUCUGCAUCAUUUUACUCUUCAUCCCAAAGACUGCCCAUCUCAGCAUCUGACCUCCUUACUUGGUCCCACUUUCUGAGUCAAUUGACCACCAUAGUCUAAGGGCAAGUGGAAGCUAUUGAUCAUAUUAAUCCUCCUGCUGCUGUGCCCAGCUUUAUCUGCCUUACGUCGUCCAAGCAGGCUUGCUAUGACUGAGCCUGUGUGCGCCCUGAAGUGCAUAGAUACAUGGAGAACUGCUCAUGUCCAAACAGGUGCUUUAUCAGAGGAAUGAAAAUGCAGGUAGACAGCCACGCCUAAUCUAUUGCUCUCCCUUCCAUGAUCCGUUCAGUGUUAAAACCGAAAUUCUAGUUUUUAUAUACAGUACAUGCUGUGUUUCCUACGCUUAUUAUUAAAGUAUGCCAAAUUGAGUCAACUGAAGAACCAAAGGGCAGCACAGAAAGAUUUUUAACAAAGCAAACAUUCUGGUGGGCUGCCAGUGAGUAUCUUGCAGAAGCUUCAUAACAAACAAUUCUUCCUUUUAAUCACAACAAAUACAAGUAGUUCAUGUUGGGAUUUGCCAAAUAACUCCAGCAGCGCUGAUAACUUUUAGCAUGAUUGCCUGAAAAUGAAACACUUUCAUGAUUUUAGCAGUGAGGCCUCGAUGCAGCAGAGAAAUGUGCAUGAAAAGAUUUGCUGAUGCAUCUGCGAGAACUCUGAUUUUAGAAGACGCCAAGAAAACCUUAAAAUAAUAAAUAUACUGUUUGCCAUUUAUCCAAAAGAAAUCAGUGAAUUUUGAUUAAUGCUGAAAAAGACUGUCAAUCUGUGCUUUUUUCUAUUGACGAACACCUGACACUGUGCACACACUUUGACCUUGUUACAUAAUCUGCCAUUGUUUUGUUUCCAACAUAAGUUUGUCAUGUUAAUUUCUGAUUUGUUGCUUUAAUCAGCUGGGGACCUGCUGUUUAUUUUCUGCAGAAUACACCUCUGUGACUUCUAAAAUAAGUCUGCUUUCUUACUUGAGUUUAUUUAGAAUCUUAAUAAAAGACCAGACUUGGUGGGGACUGCUCCCAAAAAGAAAUGCUGCUGUUUGGAUGACAGAUAUAUUUUUAAUUUUUUUUUGCUGUAAAUAUGUCUGAAAGUGUUUUUUUAUCUUCUCCUUGUUGGUUUUAUGUUUCAAAUUUUUGCUUUAAUUUUUUGCAUUUAAACCCAAGUGUCUAACUUUAAGAGUUCACCACAACCGUUUUGUCAAAAUCUCUGUUUUUCGAAUGAUUGAAAUGAGGUAAGCAACAAUACUUAUAAACACUUGAAUAAUGAGUUAUAA